CGUGUGUAUUUUUUUUUGUCACAGAGAAGUGUGAUUGAAGGUGUGUGUGUCAGUCUAGACCAGAACCGACUGCGAGUCUAAGUAUCCACCGGUUUUGUUUAGUGUCAUUUUUUUUUGUCCCACCGUUAUGCUAAAAUAGCGCUCUUUUCCAGUUACAAGUUAUCUUAGUUCGUAAGUUAAGUUAGUGGAAUACUGAACUGAAACAGCAAGGAGGAGAAGAAAUAACUGUUUGGAAUCUGUAAUAUGAAAAAAGACGAGGCUGAAGAAUUAGGUUUUGUCCCUCAAAAAGAUAUCGUAUAUAACAAGCUCCUUCCAUACGCGGACAAGUUAGACAGCGAGUCCAAUGACAUCUUGUGUAAAAUCAAAGGCAAUCUUGCCCGGGCGGUGCAGCUCAGGGAGUUAUGGCCUGGAGUCCUCUUCUGGACCCGCAAACUUUCCACGUACAUGCGGCUGUAUGGAAGAAAGUUCAGCAAAGAGGACCAUGUGCUGUUUAUUAAGCUGCUGUACGAGCUGGUCACCAUUCCCAAACUGGAGAUCAGUAUGAUGCAGGGAUUUGCACGUCUCCUUGUCAACCUUCUGAAGAAGAAGGAGCUGCUCUCACGGGAAGACCUGGAACUGCCCUGGAGGCCUCUUUAUGAGCUGCAGGAGCGCAUUCUGUACUCCAAGACUGAACACCUUGGCCUCAACUGGUUCCCCAACUCUGUGGAGAACGUGCUGAAAACACUUGUGAAAAGCUGCAGACCAUAUUUCCCAGCAUCCUCCACACAAGAGAUGCUGGACGAAUGGCGACCGCUGCUCUGCCCCUUUGACGUCACCAUGCAGAGAGCCGUUGGUUACUUUGAGCUCUUCUUGCCCACCACUCUCCCCCCAGAGCUGCACCACCAGGGCUUUCACCUGUGGUUCAAGGAGCUAAUGAACCUGUGGGUGUCGGUCCAGAACCUUCCUGGGUGGGAAGUGCAUUUGGUGAACCUGUUUGCUCGCCUCGCCAAUGACAACAUUGGUUACAUCGACUGGGACCCUUAUAUACCUAAGAUAUUUACUAGAAUCUUGCGUAGUUUGAAUCUCCCAGUUGGAACCAAUCAGAUGCUGGUCCCGAGGUACCUGACGAAUGCCUACGACAUUGGCCAUGUGGUCAUCUGGAUCUCUUCCCUUCUGGGAGGACCCAGCAAGCAAGCCCAGAAACAGCUGAGUGGUCUUUUUAACAGCAUCGCCUCCUUCUUGCAUCCCUCCAACCACGGCCGCUGGCUGAUGAAACUGAUGAAGCUCCUUCAGCGUCUCCCGGCUAGUGUGGUGCGGCGACUGCACCGCGAGCGCUACAGGAAACCCACAUGGCUGACCCCCGUGCCGGAGAUUCAUAAGCUUACUGAGCAGGAUAUCACAGACUUUGUGGAGAGCAUGAUGCAACCAGUCCUGUUGGCCAUGUUCAGCAAGACGGGUAGCCUGGAUGCUGCCCAGGCCCUACAGAACCUAGCGCUGAUGCGUCCAGAGCUGGUCAUACCACCAGUUUUGGAGAAGACAUACCCUGCCAUGGAGACUCUAACAGAGCCCCACCAGUUAACAGCAACCCUUAGCUGCAUGAUUGGUGUUGCACGGAGCCUGGUCUCUGGAGGAUCUCGCUACCCUGAGGGGCCCACGCACAUGAUGCCGCUCCUCAUGAGGGCACUGCCUGGGGUCGACCCCAACGACUUCAGCAAGUGCAUGAUAACUUUCCAGUUCAUUGCUACAUUUUCUACUCUUGUGCCUUUGAUCGACUGUUCAUCUGCUGUUCAUGAAAGAAACGACCUUACAGAAGUGGAGCGUGAGUUGUGUUCUGCCUCAGCAGAGUUUGAAGACUUUGUUCUGCAGUUCAUGGACAGGUGCUUUGCACUGAUUGACAGCAGUACUCUGGAACAGACCCGGGAGGAGACGGAGACGGAGAAGAUGACCCACCUGGAGAGCCUUGUGGAGCUGGGCCUUUCCUCUACCUUCAGCACCAUUUUAACACAGUGUUCCAUGGACAUCUUUAAGGUAGCUCUGGAGAAGGUCUUUAACUUUGCCACGACAAACAUCUUUGAGACGCGCGUGGCUGGCCGAAUGGUGGCUGACAUGUGCAGAGCUGCUGCCAAAUGUCACCCCACACAAUCUUUGAAACUUUUUGUGCCACAUUGUUCUAACGCCAUAACCCAGAUCACAGCCAAUGAGGAUGUGCUUGGUGAAGAGGAGUUGGACAAGGAACUGCUUUGGAACCUCCAGCUACUCUCAGAGGUGACCCGUGUGGAUGGAGACAAGCUACUGCCCUAUUCGACACAGCUGGUGCAGAUUCUACAACUCACUCUGCACCUCAAGUGUAAGCAGGGCUACGGCCUGGCCUGCAACCUGCUGCACCACAUCCUACGCUCCACAGCCCUCACCUACCCCACUGACUAUUGUAGUGUUCCUGGGGGCUUCCAUCAGCCCUUCAAGGGCUACCUUCCCAUCAAGGACUGGGGUCGGCCAGGGGACCUGAUGGACCUACAGAUCCAGUGGCAUGUACCUAGUGCAGAGGAGGUCACCUUUGUGUUCUAUGUGCUGGACCUGCUUCUGCAACCUGAACUCCAACGCCUGCAAAGUCAUGCGCAGGGAGAGCAGAACAUGAGCAGGGAUGACGUCUUACAGAGCCUGUGUAUCGUGCAGCACUGCCUGUUGGGAGCUGGGAGUAUGCUCCCUCCUCUGCAGGGGGAUCCUGUCCCUGACCUGGUACACAGUAUGGUGAGCCUGGAGGAGACAACUCUGCACACUGGUGUGGAAUAUGACUACACCAGGGAGAACUACCGAGAGGCCGUCUACAAAGUGAUGCGGCAACUGCUUCAUCACAUUCUGGAGAACUCUGAGGAUGACACAAAGUCUCUUUUCUCCAUCAUCAAGAUCAUCAGCGACCUGCUGCACUUUAAGGGCUCCCACAAAAACGAGUUUGACUCCCGAUGGAAGAGCUUCAACCUGGUGAAGAAGUCGAUGGAGAACCGGCUCCAUGGCAGGAAACAGCAUAUUAGAGCACUGCUUAUUGACAGAGUGAUGCUGCAGCACGAGCUUCGGAAUUUGACUGUGGAAGGCUGCCUGUACAAGACGGUUCACCAGGACCUGCUUAGAGAUUUGCUCCGACUCUCCACCAGCACUUACAGCCAGGUGCGGAGCAAAGCACAGAGUGUGCUCUUCACAGCAUUAGGGACUUACAACUUCUGCUGCAGGGAUCUGAUUCCCCACGUGCUGGAGUUCCUGGAGCCAGGCCGCAGUGACGUCACACAGCAGCAGUUCAAAGGUGCCUUGUACUGUCUCCUGGGCAACCACAGCGGGGUGUGCUUAGCUAACCUGCAUGACUGGGAAUGCAUCGCACAAACCUGGCCUGCCAUUGUUCGCUCCGGCCUCAGCAGAGCCAUGUCCCUGGAGAAGCCGUCCAUUGUGCGCCUGUUCGACGACCUUGCCGACAAGAUCCAUCGCCAGUAUGAGACCAUUGGCCUUGACUUCACUGUGCCGGAGAGCUGCUUGGUACUGGGGCUGGAGAUGAUGAAGUCCGGGUACCCAACCCCAGCUGAGCCCAUGCCAACUGCUGAAGUGGUGGAAGAGGGCAUCCAGCGACAACAGGCCAAGAACCUUGACGCAGUUCAAAAGUACGAGAAGCUUGUAAGCGAUCUGCUAGAUUGUCUCAGUGGUAGAAACUUGCCCUGGAAAUUUGAGCACAUCACCAUUGGGUUUCUGUCCUUGCUGCUUCGGGAUGAUCACCCACUCCCCACUCAGGCGGUACUCUUCUUUGUGAAGAGCCUCAACCAUGAUGCGCUAAUCGUCCGCAAGGUGGCAAUCUCUGCAGUUGCUGGUAUCUUGAAGCAACUGAAGAGAGCACACAAGAAAGUUCCCGUCGAUCCCUUUGACCUCACUGGCUUCACAAAUUCAGGGGAGCUCGUUGCUGGUGACAGGCCCGAUAACCGGUGGCUUCAGUACAACAGCAUUUGUCUGCCUCGCACACAGGAGGACUGGGACCGCUGCCACUUUGUGGAGAAGACGCACUGGGGUUACUACAGCUGGCCUCGGAAGCUAAUGUUGUACGCCCCUUUGUCAGAGCAGCCCAAACAGUGCAUGACAAGGGAGGAGAUGACAGAGAGGGAGCAGAUAAUCUACGACCACUUCUCCGACCCCAUUUUCAUCAAUCAGCUAAUUGAGUUCUUGUCCCUGGAAGACCGCAAGGGCAAAGAUAAGUUCAGCCCACGCAGGUUCUGCCUCUUUAAGGGGCUGUUCCGGAACUUUCAUGACAGCUUCCUGCCCUUGCUGCAGCCCCACAUGGAGCGACUGGUGGCUGACUCUCACGAGAGCACGCAGCGAUGUGUGGCCGAGAUCAUUGCAGGCCUCAUCCGUGGCUGCAAGCACUGGAGCUUCAGCAAGGUUGAAUCUCUCUGGAAGCUGCUCUGCCCUCUGCUCCGCACGGCACUCUCCAAUAUCACAGUGGAGACCUAUGCGGACUGGGGCACCUGUAUUGCCACAGCUUGUGAGAGCAGAGACCCCAGGAAGCUCCACUGGCUAUUUGAGAUGCUAAUGGAAUCACCGGUUAAUGGGGAGGGGGGCUCCUUUGUAGAUGCCUGUCGCCUGUAUGUGCUGCAGGGUGGGCUGGCCCAGCAGGAGUGGAGGGUCCCAGAGCUUCUUCACCGGCUGCUAGAGUAUCUGGAACCCAAGCUCACACAGGUGUACAAGAAUGUACGUGAGCGCAUUGGCAGUGUGCUGACUUAUAUCUUCAUGAUUGAUGUCAACCUGCCUCACACACGGCCCACAGCAUCGCCACGUAUUGCCGAAUUCACUGAGCGUGUUCUGGCCCGCCUGAAGCCCCUGAUGGAGGGGGAGGAGGAGAUCCAGAACCACGUGGUGGAGGACAAUGGGGUCGGAGAGCAAGAUGAGCGCACUCAGGCCAUCAAGCUGCUGAAGACCGUACUCAAGUGGCUCAUGGCCAGCGCAGGACGUUCUUUCUCUACUGCUGUACCAGAGCAACUAAAGCUCUUGCCUCUGCUCUUCAAGAUCGCCCCAGUGGAGAAUGACGAUAGCUACGAUGAGCUAAAGAGAGAUGCCAAGACCUGUCUCUCUCUGAUGUCCCAGGGCCUCCUCUAUCCAGAGCAGAUCCCCCAGGUCCUACAGAUGCUUCAGGAGAUUGCAGGCAGCAGCUCCUGGCAUGCGCGCUACACUGUGCUCACGUACCUGCAGAUCAUGGUGUUCUACAACCUCUUUACCUUCCUGAGUGAUGAGCAAGCGGUCCAGGACGUGCAGGCGCUGGUCAUCAGGCUACUGGAGGACGAGCAGCUGGAGGUACGCGAGAUGGCAGCUACCACCCUCAGUGGCUUCCUGCAGUGCAACUUCCUGUCAAUGGAUGCCCCCAUGCAGGCUCACUUUGAGGCUCUGUGUAAAACACGGCUGCCCAAGAGGGGGAAGAGGAGGGAUCUCGGCUCUGCGGUGGACACCAUCCCUUCAGCAGACCUGGUCCGCCGACAUGCUGGGGUCCUAGGCCUUAGCGCUUGCAUCCUCUCCAGCCCCUAUGACGUUCCUACCUGGAUGCCACAGCUGCUGAUGGACCUGAGCGCCCAUCUCAAUGACACUCAGCCCAUCGAGAUGACGGUGAAGAAGACCUUGUCCAACUUCCGCCGCACUCACCAUGACAACUGGCAGGAGCACAAGCAGCAGUUCACUGAUGAUCAGCUGCUUGUGCUCACAGACCUGCUGGUCUCACCCUGUUACUAUGCCUAGAGGAGGACAAAGCAUGACCCUUCAGUAAGGACUGCUUUAUUUGUCUGGAAGGAGAAAUAAUAUGCACUCAGAAGAUUUCUACAUUCUUUCUCACAGUGUGUGGAUCCUCCCUUGACAAAAGUCAUACAAACUAAACCUGCACCUGAGUUGAGAAGAAAUGUCAAAUUACCCAGCCAGGAGGAUUCAAAAGAAAAGAAGGAAAAAAUCAAAAUGUACACUUGUUUAUGGCUUUAGCAUGAUUAUAACUUUCUAAUAUACUUAAUAUUUAAGGUAAACAAAAGCAGGAAUGAAUUGCCUGCAAUUUAUUAUUACUGUACAGGUUUUUUUUUUUUUUUUGCAUGAGUGUAUGCUGAGGAAUGCCUGUGAACUCCCUUCUCAUGACCCUGUGUACAAGCAUUGAACUUUGAACGUUGAUCCUCGUCCCCCAAGCAGACUCCAUCAUACAGAACUUGACCUUUACUGUGCCCUCAAAGUGAGGUGUUGUUCUCAGUGAACAUCAGCAUUAGUGCAUCAGGUGGAACCUGGUAGCUGCUGCUGUGCAACAGACAGAUCACAUGCCAUUGUAGCACUUUUUUUAAUUUAAAAAAAAAAAAAAACACUUACACACACAUUUACCUACACACAGUCACCUACACACAUUUGUGCUUAUUUUAUAUAGAUAUAAAUUAUACAUAAUGUACAUAUGUAAUAAUGUGUAUAUAUUACAUGUGUAUAUGCUAUAAAGACACAGAAGUAUCUAUUUAUUUUCUGAAGUGCUUUUUAUUACUUAGUUUUACUGGUACAGAUUUUGUUAGUGUGAGUAGGGCUCUUGUGUGCGUGCAGUGGGUUUGCCAGACUCUGUGCGUGUGUGUGUGUGUGUGUCAGCUGUGUUUCUCUUGGUGCAGUGUGGUAGAUACUAUGGCAUAGGACUGAGGAACCCCUCCUUCACAGUCCCUCUCUACCUUUCACACAUCUUCAUUGUUGUCAUUUUGAUCUGUUUUACUUGGAGAGGAGACUUUUUUUUUUUUUU